AAAGAUAACUCACUGUCUCUAGCACAUAGAGAUGAGCUUCAAUAUGAAAACCAACUUCAGUCUUUAUUGUGCUCUGCUGGUGGCACUCAUGGGAGCCCCGGCGUUGGGUAUAAGUGUCGAAAUCGCCUGGAUGGGCAGUGUGAGAGCUGGUUACCCUACCGUGUUCAUCUGCUCUUCUUCAUGCUUUUCAAACUGCAUCUACACUUGGAAUUUUGAGGACAGAACAAUCAAUGGGAGCACAUUAACCUGGACUCCAGAUGGCCGUGAUGAUACAGUGGAACUGAAGUGCACUGUUCUUGAUCGAAAAACAGGAGAAUCCAUCAGCACUACCACCGUUCUAGAUAUUAUUAAAAAUCCAGUGUCUGUACAAACCAGUCCUUCGAACACAGUACCUUCUGUCAAUCAGUCACUGAGUCUAGUUUGCAAGGGUGCUGCAUCUGGUGAUCCACAAGGUCCGUCAGAACUGAUCUGGUUCAAAGAUGGAGCAAAACUGACUUUGCAUGAAAAUAUGCAGCUCCUUCAAAAUAAUUUCACUCUUCACUUUAACCCACUGCUGCCCUCCAAUGUUGGUUUCUACCACUGUGAAGCUUUUCUGCCUACACUGCAAACAAGAGUCUUAAGCUCAGGCUAUCUACUCAGUGUUGAUCCGUGGCACGUCACCAUCAGUGGACCUGACUCUGUGUUUGUAGGCAAAAUGAGUCAAUUCACCUGCCUGACCAGCUGCAAAUUGAAUGUUGAAUGUACAGUCAGGUGGCAGUACAGAGGAGGUUUCCCUACUGGAACCUACUUUUCCGUCCACGCAAAUCAGCUCAAGUGGACUCCGUCCAUUCCUGGGACUUUCCAAAACUUCACCUGCAUUGCUGAAAAUGCAGCUGCUGGACGCUCUGCUGAGGCCACGAAAAUGGUAGAAGUCAAAGGAAUUCCAAUCUCUGGAUCAGAGGUCAUGAAGCUCGGUGGGCUUUUUUCACUCAUCCUAAUUGUUGAACUUUUAACCAUUUUUGAUUUUUAA